AGAUAGCAGCACAGGCGUAUACGCGUGCGUCGAUUUGCGUUUCGCUACGAUGUAAGCAAUUAGAGCGGCUUAUGCGCGUCGUGAGUGCAUCUUGGCCGGAUUUUCUUUACAAUAUCGACAAAUGAGACGUGUUGAGCGACGCGAAAUCAACGAGUGCUUGCCAAGAGCGCGACUGAGCGAUGAAUUAUCUGAACAAUAUAACGGGCGGCACAACGACCGCCGAUCCGGGCUUCCAGCUGAAUAAUGUCGAGAUUCUUUACACGAAGAUACAGAGGAUUUACAUCAAGCCGCAGCAUAAGGAGGAACGCCAGCGGGAUCUUCGAAUCAACGUGGAGAUUCACGCUGGCAUUAGUCCGGUUUGCCGCAAGAGUCUAUGUGUCUUGCUAGCUGACGACGAUGACCCUUGUUUCCUCUACUCUCUGUUCAUCACUGAAGAUGACUUUAAAGUGCUGAAAGCACAGCAGGGCCUGUUGGUUGAUUUCGAUAAUUUUGCCACACAGUUGAUAUGCUUACUGGAGCAAUGUCAAAUCCCAGGUACAAGUCUAUCAAAGACUCCACCCAAGUUCCUUCUGCUGUUGGCAGAGGAGUCUGGAGAUUGGAACUUCAAGCUUGUGGAGACAAAUAAUUUCAAACAUCUCUGCCACUUGAGUUUGAAUAUGUCACCUGCUAGUGAUUGCGACUUAAAAACACACAUGGCGAUGAAGAUCAAGCAACUAAAGGAGAACGCUUUACAACAAAAUAGGGAUGUAGUUGGUUUAGAAACUAGAUUAAAUGAUUUGACCUGUAAGUGGGAGGCAAAAACAAAAGAAUUAGAGCAGUUGGAGCAAAAAUAUCUGACUGAGAAAAGCCAGAUACAAAUCAAUUCGUCACAGCAAAUAAGUAUUGAAAAAGAUAGAUUGGCUCAAGCGCUAUUAGAAUGGCAACGACAGAGUGAGAAGGAGAAAAUUGAGGUUGAACAGAGGCAUUCCGAAACUAUGAAACAGUUACACACAGAACUUGCCGAGUUACGAACACAGAACAUGACGUACAAAGACAAGCAGUCCUUUCUAGAAGUUACCAAUACAGAGCAAAUGAAACAACUGCAGAAUCUUGAAAAGGAACUCAACAUCACUCAGCGUGAUUUAACUUUACUUAAAAACCAAAAUUCAAAAUUGGAUAUGGAUUAUCAUGAUAAGGACAAAGCUGUCAACACCUUGCGUACAAAAGUAGCUGUGCUUGAGCAAGAGUUGAAGGACAAAAUGGUGAUCAUUAACAAGCAUAUAGAGAUGCUGAAAUCGGUGAAAGAACAGAAGCAGCAUUUAGAGGAUCUCUUAUCCGAGAAGGACGGCCAGUUGCAACGCAAACAGAAUUCCUUAAAGAGUUUGAGCGACGAAUUGGUGAAAGCCAAUGAAAUCCUAACGAAAUUGCAGAACGAGCUCGCGUCAACCAAGUCCAAACUAAAGCUGAGGACAAGCAUAGCGCUCGAACAGGAAAGAUUGCUGGACACUAAACAGAAAGAGGUUGGCCAGCUAGAAACCAAAAUGGAGAGUCUUGUCAGAGACGCGAAAGACACGAAGGGUGAGGUGGACAAUUUAAAGGAACAUGUCAAGACAUUGCAGCAUCAGUUGGAGGAGAAAGAGAAGAUUAUCAAAAAUAACGAUAACGUGAUCAGCUGGCUAAAUCGGAGAUUAGCGGACAACCAGUCGCCUCUACAGAGCGCUACCACUCCGGCGCCAAUCACGAUUCCCACUUCUGUCCCACUGACGUUACCCAGGACGAAUAAGUUGUUCCCUAACCGAUACGAGACACGUACACCGGCGCCCAGCACGACACAACCCAGUACGUUAACGGGAUUACCGUUGAAAAAUCCAAUUGUGCAAAAUCCGAACAUUAACCAGACCACACGCACAUCAGCUCGAUCGAUGGGUGUCGGCGUGACGGACAGCUCAGUGGGAUUAAACACAUUCAACAAAAGCGGCCAGAUCUCGAGCACCAGCACGCCCAUGGAGCGCUUCAAUUCGCUAAACAAAAUAUCGGCCGGAAAUCCGCCGGGCUCGUCGUCAGUGCCGGCUAUAAUCGAGAACAACAAUCCGACGGUGUCCUCGAACGGUACAAAAGCGAAAAGUACAAACAUCGGCUUGCAGGGUGGAUUGAGAAGGGCAGGUUUGUCCGACAAACCGAUCUUACCCUCGGCGUAUUUCCCUAAAACCUUGCACUGACACCGAUGCCUGAAUGGGAUUACCAAUGUAGAGACUAAUGAGUUGUGAACUCGUGUCGGAAUACUUUAAGAAUCAAAAUGUAGAAACGACAGAAGCGCGAUAUUGUCAUUAAUGUGGGAAUAUUUCGCGUUUACCGUCUUGGAGAUAGUACAAAUAGCUAUGAGAACGACAAGUAUUAUUAUAAGACACUUUCUACGAAGUAAAUUUCCAAACAAUUCUUAGUCCCACAUUGGCACCGGUUCUAUGUUUGCGUUACGAAAAUCAUGUAUAUCAGUAUUCAACGCAUCCUGCUGCCGUCUUCUCUCAGGAUCUGAUUUUCUAUGUAAAAUAUAAAUCUGCAAUAUUGAAGCAAUGGAUGCGUGACGUCGUUUAAUCUCGGUGUAUCAAUGUAGGAUUAACAAUAAUCGGAAAAAUAAUAAUAAUAUAUAGUGUUGUAUGUAUAUAUAGCGCGGCACUAACAUACACCGAUCUCGUUUUCAUGCGAUAUACACACGCAGAGCAUCCCACGAGAUGUGAUACUACUAACUAAAAAAUUACUUAAAAAGGUAAAUUAAAAAUUUAAACUGAUUUUUUUUUUUUUCUAUAAAACAUCACGCGCGAAAUUCUGUGUAUGUGAAUUCCAUAAUUCGUCAUAAUCAUAUUUUUACUCCAAAUGAGUUCAACAUUUCUGCUAUAAUUACAAACAUAAUGGAGCUUAUCUUUAAUGUAUAUCACUUUUUUAUAAAAAACGUUCCGGUAAAAUUGAGAUUUAUAUUAGAGAUAUGUAUUUAUAAAUCGAAAUUUUUAAUUUAUAACAUUUGUAAUUUAUUUAAUUCAUAACGUUCAGUUUAUAAUUAAAGUCUUGCUUUGCAUAAUUUUAAAUGUAAAUUUGUGUUUUUAAAACAUUCAUAAUGACUGUUGUGCCAAAUAUUGUCGAAAAAUGACUUUUGUAGCUGAUAAAUUUGGGACAAGUGGAAUAAUUGUUUCAAGAUCAAUAUAUAGCAUAAUUUUCCAAUUCAUCACGAUUGCAAUCUAUCAUUCGAUCGAUCAAUUAUUAAUACUUAAUUUUUAUAUUAUAUCUAGCACAAUACUGCUUAUUAGAUUUUAUAGUCACUUGUAUGUAUAAGGCUAAUCACAUUCUAAUAGGUACCUGGAAAAUAAUAUUAAUUUUAAAGAUUUUAUAAUAGAUGUAUAAAUAUUUUUAUAUAU